GACACCCACGCCGGGAGCUUCGUCUUUCUACACCUCACCCUCCGUCACUUUCAGCGCCUUGCUUGAAGGCAUUUCACCGCUCCAACGGCCGUGAAGCUGCUGGGCGGACCCGUACUUUUUAAAACGCAAAAUUAGCACAAAAUAAGCGACAUUUUUCUUUUUUAAUUUUCUUUCCGAGCUGAAUAAGGAGAAGAGACAGGGGUAGAGACAUGGCCACGACAACCUGUACGCGAUUCACAGACGAAUACCAGCUAUACGAGGAGCUGGGGAAGGGAGCCUUUUCAGUGGUGCGCAGAUGUGUUAAGCUGUGUACAGGACAGGAGUAUGCCGCCAAAAUAAUCAACACCAAAAAGUUAUCCGCAAGAGAUCACCAGAAGCUGGAGCGAGAGGCUCGGAUCUGUCGCCUGUUGAAACACCCCAACAUCGUUCGUCUUCAUGACAGUAUAUCAGAGGAGGGCUUCCACUACCUCCUGUUUGACUUGGUGACCGGAGGUGAACUGUUUGAGGACAUCGUAGCCAGAGAGUAUUACAGCGAGGCCGACGCCAGUCAUUGCAUCCAGCAGAUCCUGGAGGCGGUGCUUCACUGCCAUCAAAUGGGCGUGGUGCACCGGGACCUGAAGCCAGAGAACCUGCUGCUGGCAAGCAAAUGUAAGAACGCCGCAGUGAAGCUGGCCGACUUUGGCCUGGCCAUCGAGGUGCAGGGCGAUCAGCAGGCCUGGUUUGGAUUUGCUGGCACACCGGGGUACCUGUCCCCUGAGGUAUUGAGGAAGGAGGCAUAUGGCAAACCUGUGGACAUCUGGGCCUGCGGGGUGAUCCUCUAUAUCCUGCUGGUGGGUUACCCUCCUUUCUGGGACGAGGACCAGCACAAGCUGUACCAGCAGAUCAAGGCUGGGGCUUAUGAUUUCCCUUCUCCAGAGUGGGACACAGUCACCCCAGAGGCCAAAAACCUGAUCAACCAGAUGCUGACCAUCAACCCAGCCAAGAGGAUCACUGCUCAGGAGGCCCUCAAGCACCCAUGGGUCUGCCAACGAUCCACAGUGGCGUCUAUGAUGCACAGACAGGAGACCGUGGAGUGCCUGAAGAAAUUCAAUGCCAGGAGGAAACUCAAGGGGGCCAUUCUUACUACCAUGCUGGUUUCUCGAAAUUUCUCUGUGGGCAGCAGGCAGACCACGGCUCCAGCCUCGGUCACUGCCGCCGCAGCAGCGGUGGCUGCAGCCGCCGGCACCACCGCAGGGCUGGUGGAACAAGCUAAGACCUUGCUCAACAAAAAGGCAGAUGUCAAGCCCCAGACAAACAGCACCAAAAACAGCAUAGUCACCAGCCCCAAAGGAAACAUCCCUUCACCUGCUCUGGAACCUCAGACAACCGUCAUCCAUAAUCCAGUGGACGGAACAAAGGAGUCGUCGGACAGCAGCAACACCACUGUGGAGGAUGAAGAUGUGAAAGCACGCAAACAAGAAAUCAUCAAGAUCACCGAGCAGCUGAUCGAGGCGAUCAACAAUGGAGACUUUGAGGCAUACGCUAAGAUCUGCGACCCCGGACUGACCUCGUUUGAGCCGGAGGCGCUGGGCAACCUGGUGGAGGGGAUGGAUUUCCACAGAUUUUACUUUGAGAACCUUUUGGCUAAGAACAGCAAACCCAUUCACACCACCAUCCUGAACCCCCACGUCCACCUGAUCGGCGAGGACGCCGCCUGCAUCGCUUACAUCCGCCUGACCCAGUUUGUUGACGGCCAGGGUCGGCCGCGGUCCAGCCAGUCGGAGGAAACUCGCGUCUGGCAUCGCAGAGACAGCAAGUGGCAGAACAUCCACUUCCACUGCUCAGGCGCACCAGCUGCGCCGCUCCAGUGAGGUUGAACGCCAUAGCUUUGUCUGUGAGGAGUGCUCUGCUGGAAAGAGAGGAGG